AUGAAUGCUUUGGAACUUCUUGCAGAGCAAGCAGUAGCAAGGACAGAGGGCCAUGUUAUCCCUACAACGCCUCAGCAGGGACAGCAAAGUGACAGACACCAAUAUGGGCAACCUAUAGUACCAACACAGCACUACCAGUCACUUCGACCCAGUCCCACACAACCUCCUCCAAGCUCUGCCUGCAGUGCACUGUCCGAAACAUAUCUUUACAAUUUUUCGACACCAUUUCGAAGUGGAGCGUAUCUACCAAACCCUCCUCGAGAUAACAUGCCCUCCACAUUCCAAUCCCAUCGUCAACUUCACCAGCCAGAACACUGGUCUGAUGAUUGGUGGAAUCAGCAGGACCACAAUGAUCAGUCUUUCAAUAUCAACACACUGCACCAUCCAACAGUACCUGUAGCUCAGAAGGAGAAUGAUCAGACAGUUGCAGAGCUUCCGAAAUUUGAUGAAGAGAGGAAGAAAACAACGACGGGUGAAUGCGACAUUGACAAGAAGGAGAAGAAAACGAAACGAAAAAAACCCCUGGGAACAGGGAGUAAAUCUGGGUCAACAAACCGUAGAGACGGUGGCGACUCGGAUGUAGAAAUGGAGAUGCUCUCACCAGAGGACAUGAAAGCAGCAGUCUUGAAGGAUCCUGGUGAUGAAAAGAAGUCUGGAGUUUCAGAGGAAGACAAGGUUUUACUGGUGGAAUAUCUCACUCGUCCCGAACGAUGGAAGAAUUUUAAGUUGCGACAGGGUGCCCUGAUGAUUAAUGCUGCCUCGGACAUUUUCAAGACCAAAUACACCGCUACACAACUCUCAAAUGCAUGGAAAGCAUUGUGGGAGAAAUACAAGGCUGUUCGUGAGCGCCAGGAGCAUACAGGUGGAGGCGAUGGUGAUGCAGAUCGUGGUGAGGAUGAUAAAAGCAAGGAGCGAAUAGCGAGACGGGGGAAAGCCAAGUUUUCGGAGAGGGUCCUCGAUGCAUUUGAAGCUUCGAAGAUCUUCGAGCUCUUGGAUAAAGUAGCCCAUGAUGAUAGUAGUGUUGUACGUGGCCAAAAUAUGAACUCUACAUCCAGCAUUUCCGAGCCCGAAAGCAGUAGUGACGACGAGGAGAAGAAGCGGAAGAAAAAGAAGAAGAAGACAAAAAGAAAUCGCCUCAGUGAUGACGAAGAAGAAAUCACUCGCGAUAAAUUCCUCGCAGAUGCUGUUGGAGCAAUCCAGGACAAAAACAAGGUGGCAAGAGAAAUGGAGUAUAAGAACUAUGAGCUUGCUUUAAAGAGGGACAAACGAGAGGAAAAAGCAAAACAGGAAGAGCUGAAGCUGGCAGUUGCACAGCGAAGGAACGUUGAAUGGGAACGUGCAACUAAGAUGAUGGAAUCCCCUAUUGCGAAGAUUCGACAGAUGGGGGAAGCACUCGCAGAAAGGCUAUGUUCUGAGGAGGGCUUGUAG